GUGGUUGUCCUAAUUAUUGAAACACAGUGCAAAAAUGAUACUGAAGCUCUAAUACACAUAGCAUACAAUAAAUUAAUUACAAGGCGGAUCAUUGCUAAGAGGGAAAUUGACUGUACCACGGGUGAAUACAAUUUAGGUGUUAAGUGUUGCAAGAAAUGUGACCCUGGUUUUGUUAAAAAUAUUGACUGCCCAACAGAUAUUAGUGAACACUGUGUUCCAUGUGAAAAUGGAAAGGAGUACAUAGAACAUGCCAAUGAUUUGGACAAGUGUUUGAGAUGCCAUUCAUGUGACAGCAUAUUUGGUUUGGAAGUUGCAGAGAACUGUACUCCAGCACGGAACACAGAAUGCAUCUGUGCAAAGAACUAUUUCUGCAAUUCUUCUGUACCGUGCAGGCACUGUGAUCCAUGUACCGUAUGUGAAAGUGGCAUAAUUGAAAAACAGUGUACUCCAACUUCAGACACUGUGUGCGGAAUGAAAGACAAGAGAAAACGGAAUGGUUGUACUAGCAAGGAGAUCCAAGGUGAAGUAGUCCCCAAACCAGAGGUUUCUGAUGACAAUGUUCCUCUCAUAUACAGAGAUGUUGACCUGAGCAGCCAUAUUGCUGGUAUUGUGGAGGAGAUGACACUCCAAGAAGUCAAGACAUUUGUUCGCAAUCACAAAGUACCAGAACCUGUCAUAGAUCAAACUGUUCGGGAUUAUUUUAGCGAUACAUCUGAACAGAAGAUUAAGCUGUUUCAAGUCUGGUAUCAAAGACAUGGGAUAAAAGGAGCCUAUGGAACCCUAAUAAGCAGUCUGAGAGAGUUUAAAAUGUGCACUGCAGCUGAUAAAAUUGAGGAAAAACUGAAGGCAGCUGUUUCCAGCUGUCAGGAAGGGGGACAGUCUUACAAUGAUGACACUGAGCAAAGCAAAACCGGCACUUGGGAAAGAAGAAACUCUUCCAGUGAUAGUCCUGAGCUAAGUAAAAUCUGUUCUGGUAGUUUGGAAGAGACAUAA